GGGACUGGGGACAUGGCGGGGGGUUCUGGGGUCUGUCCUCACGGCUGCCCAGCUGCCAGUAAACCUGCUGCCCUUUGCAUCUUCUUCCCAGGAGGGCGGUGGGGGCCAGUCUGCCCCCUCCGAGCCCACCCAGGUGGCCAUGGACAGCCAGUCCAGGAGGAGCUCAGCACUGGGGCCGAAGGGACGUGGAACACAGCCUGGGAUGGAGACCGGCAAGGGGACUGCAGGGUCUGGCUCCCUGGGGAUGCAAGCAGGGACACAGGGGGAACCAGCGACCCCUGUUAAGUUGCCAGGCGCUCCCUCUGAUCACACGAGGUCUAUUGGUGCCGGUGCCACCACCCCGGGGAUGCAGCCAGGAUCACGGGGCACCCAGGCCACCACCCGCCUGGGGACACAGCCAGGGGCCCCUGACACCCAGGCCAGCACCUCAGGGAUGCAGCCAGGAUCCCCUGGGACCCACACCACCACCCCUGGGGUGCAGCCUGCGUCCUCCAGAUCCCAAGCCACCAUCCCAGGCGAUGCCCAAGAGCCGGCCAAGCCCUGGGGCUCCACCAGCACCUCCAGCUACGAGUCGGAGAUGCGGGAGGUUCUCUCACAGGUUGGGCAGCUCGGCAACGUCUACGCUGGUCUGAAGGAGGAGGUGGAACAGCUUAAAUCUACAAAAGCAGAACGUGCAGAUCUUGAGAACGUGCGCCAGCUUUUCCCGAAGGGAGGCCGGCAGAGCAUCACCAGCAUCCUGGCCGACCUCAAGUGCCAGAUGUCCUUCCUACAAGACAUGGCCAGGGCCCUCCGCGGGGAGGAGGAGAAGGUGAGCCGGCAGCAGUCCCCGAGGGGCUGCGGGGAUGCCAGUUUGGGCAGGGAGGGGGCAGCCGAAGGGUCCCCGUGCCGGAAUGACACAGGGGGCUGUGCCCUCACUGCCCCCACUGCCGUUCCCAGAUCAGCAAGGUGGAGGAUGCUCCCAGAAAGAUGAGGGGGGCUGGA